UUUUCACGCCGCACCGGGACAGACGGAAGUAACCGAAAACACUAGAAGCAGGAAACUUGAUAUUUUGUCUUCAUAGUACUUGAUAUAGUUAAAGUACUAUGUAAAUUCAAAGACAGAAAAGUUGAAGACCAAUCCUGUCCAGUAAGAAAGUGCUUGGUUAUAGAGUUAUUCAGUAAUGAAAAUUGUACAAGAUGUCAGAAAACUCAGUCCGUUUUUACAGAAUAAUUUCACUCGUGGUUGAUGUAGGAACUCAGACUUUGCUGGAUAUUUUCUACUCCAAGGUUCCAAAAGAAGAUGUAUCGGUUCUUUUUGGAACUCGGGAAGUUAAAGCAGAAUUUAUUAAACUGAAAGGAAAGAAUGCACUUACGAAAGUGCAGUAUGUCAAGGUGACUGCAGCUAAUCCUGACCCAGACACAUAUGAUAUCUCAUUGUUAACUACACUGCUUACCUGUCAGACAAUUUGUGGAAUACCUCUAGCAAAGAAAUUCCCUCCAGUCUCUUCUGAUCUGUCUGUAGGGGCUGACCUACAUCGCCUUCGUGAACUUAGAAAUGAAAUCAUAGGGCAUCGUAAUAAUGCGCAGUUGGAAGUCACAGAAUUUAAAAAAUUCUGGGCAGAUGUUGAAACCGUCCUCAUUAGGUUAGCAAAUCAUGUUGGCACAGAAGAAGAAACAAAGAUCAGGCAGAUGAUCAGAGAUGUUGAGACUGGGCCGAUCGAGCCACUACAUGACAGAGAGAAGAAGUUGUUGCAGGUGUUCGUUCAAUGGCAAAAGGAGGAUAUUGAAAAAUAUCAGACAAAGAUGACAGAGGUGCUGAAUUCUCUGGAAAAUCUUAACAUAAAGGUUGACAAUAUUAAAAAACCUACAGAUGAGACAGAUGCUGUCCGUUCUGACUCGGAAGAUACACUUUCUUCACUGCAGUCACAAGUUGUCAGCCUUGUGGAGAGUUUUGGAAACAUUGCAAAACAAGAUGAUGUUAAUCAUAUUCAAGCUAACUUGAAAAAUAUGGGUGACACUGUUCAGACCCUCGUUCAUACUAUGAAAACACUACAACAACAACUUGAUGCAAAUAAUCGCAAUAUGGAGGCGUUGACACAGAAAACUCAGAUUGCUGUCCAUCAGCCAGCACCAUUUAUGUUCGAGAGAGAUGGUCAGCAUGUUAGUCAUCCAAUGGGCAACAAGCCUAAAAAACCAAAGAUCCAAAGUCCUAAUGCUAUGUCUGAAAAGGAGAUUCUUGAUUUAAGUAGACAGAUAGGAUAUGAGUGGGAACAGCUUAGAAUACAUCUAGACUUCACUGAAGCACAGGGACAUGCCUUGAAGAGGGCAUAUGAUGAUGAUGUGCAGCAGAGGAUCCAUCAGAUGCUGAAGUCCUGGCAUGAUGUUGUGGUUGAAUGCGGCGAGAAUCCGAAGAUGCUGCUUGCAGCGGCUUUCGUCAAUGCUUCUACAAACUAUGCAAUGGCAUACAAGCUGGUUCCUAAGGAGAAGUUUAAUGAAAAUGCACAAGCCAAACCAGCAACAGUAGAACGCAUUCAACAAAUAUCAUUCAGUAAAAGAGGUUAUGAUCAAGGAGAUGGCUUUUAUUAUCAUCCGGGUAGCGGUUCUUCAAUGCCACAUGGUGGACCUGGGUCUUUUAAUGUGUAUGGUGGGGAUGUAAGAGUUGAAGGAACCGUGGCAAUACACAGUUCACAUUCCAACCAGUCAUACAACAUGAACUCUGUAGCUUCAGAUGGGCUUGAUGGCAGUGGCAGUAGUAGUACAAUGAGUAUGCCUCCUUCAGGAUCAUUUAAUGUGUUUGGUGGAAAAGUGGCAAUGGGUGCUGGAUCAAAUUUUGUCAUUGGUCCUCCUGGACAGAGCUAUCCGGCACAGAAUUUUAACCCACCAGUAAUUAGAGGUGAAACACAAGCUGUUCAAGACUCUGGAGCAUCGUCCAUGGGAUCGUUGAAGUCUGCUGGGCAGCCAUUCAAAAAAGCAGUUGAUGACACAUUGAGCCAAACCAUGGUUUUAGCUUUACAUGAACAGAUGAAGUCUGUGGGUGUCCUGAUUUCUGGUGGAAAUUUGGUUGGAACAGUUUUUCGUGUUGGAAGUAGAUCCGUAAUGACAGCUUUGCAUGUCAUAAACAAAAUAAUAGAUCCUUCUGGCACAGGUGCUGCAGACGUUGGGCAACUAGAAAGUACAGACACAUACAUAAAUUUCAAUGAGUCGCCUUUAACACCUCCAAUGGUGCCUUAUAGGUUGAUGAGAAACUUCAUCUUCAGUGUAGAUUUAGACGUAGCCGUGUUGGAAAUAUCAAACCCGUCAAAUUUACCCAUGAAACUGAACUUAAGCAAGACUGAAAGUGGGGUAACCAACGUUUCUUUAAUAGGAUAUGGUCAUCCAGGUCAGAUAAAAAAAUGUUUAGAUCCAAAGUGCGAGAUUGUUCAUCCAAAUUCACAUAGAAUUCUGUCAGCUCAGGCUUGGUUGCAGCAAAAUAGAGAUUAUUUCAAAUCAGCGUUACAUGGGAUAGGUCGAGAUCCAGCUCUGGUUGACAAAGGCUACCAAGGCUAUGACCAGUCUUCAAAGUUAAUAUUUGACUGCUAUAUGGAACAUGGGGCAUCAGGAGCUCCGGCAUUGACAAAUGAUAAUGAAAGGUCUGUUCAAGUUGUUGGGAUCUUAACACAUGGUCUGCCAGAUUUCUACUUCAGUCUGCCAGAAUUGAUAAAACCUCAGUUUCCAAAGAACUACCGCCUUGAAGUAGGUGCAAAAAUGAAGGAUAUCUUUGACUGGAUAAACUCACAGCCUGAGGACAUAGCGAAAGAUUUGUUUAACUGAAUCUAAGGCAGGAUGUGGUUGCCUCAGGUUUUGGAGCAGAAUAUGUUAGAAGCUAAUCAGUUUAUUUGUGUGUUAGUCAUGUCGUAAGAAAUACCAUAUCUGCAGACUUGAUAUUAAAUGGGAUAAAAUAUUACUUAGAUUUACCCUUUGUGUAAAAUGUGUGUGUUAACCUAUAAUAUUGUUGCAAUGAAGCUACCGGUAUGUGUUUAGGCAACUCAGACUGGAGACUCCCUUUGUCUGUCUGUACCUUUUUUACAUAUAUUAGACACUGUAAAUGUUUCUUCCAAGCAACAGACACAAAUCAGUAUGGUUCAAAUGCUUGAAGCUAUUAAUACAUUUGUCGGUCUCUAUGGCCGAGUAGUUAAGUUUACUGACUUUAAAUCACUUGUCCCUCACUUUGGGUCUGAAACCUAGCUUGAGGUGUAGAAUUCCUUCAUUGGGAAGCCUGCCUGUAGGCUUAUGAAAAGUCAGUGGUUCUACCAAGAUGUCUGUCUGUGCCUGAGACAAUGGCUAGAGGCGGACAUUGGGUCUACCUCCAGUAGGUGCAAAGUCGCCAUUUGACCUAAAGUAGUGUUUGUGUGACUUAAAAACCCAAGAAAUGGAAACAUACAAAUGAAUAUCAUUAUGAUUUACAAAAGAUGUUUUUCAUAUUUCACUGAAUGAACUGGUGUGAAUGGCUCUGUAAUAAGAAGUGCAAUGAAAUGUCUUCUGUAAGAUAGAUACUAUUGCCUAUGGAUACCAUUUUAAUUAUAUAUUAUAUCUAUAAUUGCAAAUACAUGUGAUUGCAAAUUGAAAAGCAUGAACUACA